GUGGGCUGUCAGUCCUUCCGCUUGUAGCGGCGGGCGCGGUGCGGCGCUGCGCGGCCUGUAGAGCAGUCGCGAAGCCUGCUGCAGAGAGAAGAUGGCGGUCGCCGUGAGAGCUUUGCAGGAGCAGCUAGAAAAGGCCAAAGAGAGCCUCAAGAAUGUGGACGAGAAUAUCCGCAAGCUCACCGGGCGGGACCCGAAUGAUGUGAGGCCCAUCCAAGCCAGAUUGCUGGCCCUUUCUGGUCCUGGUGGAGGUAGAGGACGAGGUAGUUUAUUGCUAAGGCGUGGAUUCUCAGAUAGUGGAGGAGGACCCCCAGCCAAACAGAGAGACCUGGAAGGGGCAGUCAGUAGGCUGGGUGGAGAGCGUCGGACAAGAAGAGAAUCACGCCAGGAAAGUGACCCAGAAGACGAUGAUGUUAAAAAGCCAGCACUGCAAUCUUCUGUUGUAGCUACCUCCAAAGAACGAACACGUAGAGACCUUAUCCAGGAUCAAAACAUGGAUGAAAAGGGAAAGCAAAGGAACCGACGAAUAUUUGGCUUGUUGAUGGGCACUCUUCAGAAAUUUAAACAAGAAUCUACUGUUGCUACUGAACGGCAAAAGAGACGCCAAGAAAUUGAACAAAAACUUGAAGUUCAGGCUGAAGAAGAGAGAAAGCAGGUUGAAAAUGAGAGGAGAGAACUGUUUGAGGAGAGACGUGCUAAACAGACGGAACUGCGGCUUCUGGAACAGAAGGUUGAGCUUGCACAGCUGCAAGAAGAAUGGAAUGAGCAUAAUGCCAAGAUAAUUAAGUAUAUAAGAACCAAGACAAAGCCCCAUUUGUUCUAUAUUCCUGGAAGAAUGUGUCCAGCUACCCAAAAGCUAAUAGAAGAGUCACAGAGAAAAAUGAAUGCUUUAUUUGAAGGUAGACGCAUCGAAUUUGCAGAACAAAUAAAUAAAAUGGAGGCUAGGCCUAGAAGACAAUCAAUGAAGGAAAAAGAGCAUCAGGUGGUGCGUAAUGAAGAACAGAAGGCGGAACAAGAAGAGGGUAAGGUGGCUCAGCGAGAGGAAGAGUUGGAGGAGACAGGUAAUCAGCACAAUGACGUAGAAAUAGAGGAGGCAGGAGAGGAAGAGGAGAAGGAAGCAGGUGUAGUUCAUAGUGAUGCAGAGAAAGACCAGGAGGAGGAGGAACAAAAGCAGGAGACGGAGGCUAAGAUGGAGGAGGAGACUGAGGUAAGAGAAGGUGAGAAGCAGCAGGAUAGUCAGCCAGAAGAAGUUAUGGAUGUGUUAGAGAUGGUUGAAAGUGUCAAAAAUGUAAUUGCUGAGCAGGAGGUGAUGGAGACUAAUCAAGUUGAAAGUAUAGAUCCUUCAGAAAAUGAAACUAGCAAGGAAUUGGAGCCAGAGAUGGAAUUUGAUGUUGAGCCAGAUAAAGAAUGUAAACCUCUUUCUCCUGGAAAAGAGAAUAUUAGUUCUCUGGAAGUGGAAAAGGAGUCUGAGGAAAAAGAGGAAAAAGAAGAUAAAGAGCCUGAGCCCCAACCUGAGCCUGUGGCUCAGCCUCAGCCCCCUCCUCAGCCCCUGCCCCAGAGCCAGCCCCACUCUCAGCCCCACUCUCAGCCCCAGCCUGCACUCCAGUCCCAGCCUCUCUGUCAGCCUGAGGCUCUGCCAUUGGCUGUUCUGCAGCCUCCACCUCAGGUUAUUCAGGAGCAAGGGACUCUACCUCCUGAGCGGAAGGAUUUUCCUGUAGAGGCUAUAAAACUCCCUGAGGUGCCUGUAGAGCCAGUCUUGACAGUACAUUCAGAAAACAAAAGCAAAAAUAAGACUAGGAGCAGAAGCAGAGGGCGAGCAAGAAAUAAAACGAGCAAGAGUAGAAGUCGAAGCAGCAGCAGCAGUAGUUCCAGUAGCAGCUCUACUAGUAGCAGCAGUGGGAGCAGCUCCAGCAGUGGCAGCAGUAGUAGUCGAAGCAGCUCCAGCAGCAGCUCCAGCACAAGUGGGAGCAGCAGCAGAGACAGCAGCAGCAGCACUAGCAGUAGCAGUGAGAGUAGGAGUCGCAGUAGGGGCCGAGGACAUAACCGAGAUAGGAAGCACAGAAGGAGCGUGGACCGGAAGCGAAGGGACACUUCAGGACUAGAAAGAAGUCACAAGUCUUCAAAAGGUGGUAGUAGUAGAGAUACGAAAGGAUCAAAGGAUAAGAAUUCCCGAUCUGACAGAAAAAGGUCUAUAUCAGAGAGUAGUCGAUCAGGCAAAAGAUCUUCAAGAAGUGAAAGAGACCGAAAAUCAGACAGGAAAGACAAAAGGCGUUAAUGGAAGAAGCCAGGCUUGCUUAGCCUAUUCUUUGCAGCAGAAGAUUUGAUGAGUAAAAGGAUUACCUUGUAAAGAGGAUGCUGCCUUAAGAAUUGCAUGUUGUAAAAAUUCUUUUUGGAAAAUACAGACUGUUUGUUUACCAGACAUUCUUGUACUUUUUGCAUAAUUUUGUAAGAGUUAUUUAUCAAAAUUAUGUGAGGUUCCAAAAUAUGUAAAAAUGAUAAUAAUAAAAAAAGAUUAACAUCCUUUGUCAUCUUUUUUAAAUACCCUAUUACUCUUCAGUCAGAAUCUGUAUAUUUUAAUAGGUAAAUCUUUAAUUGUUCCUUUAUGUUCUGUAUCAUACAUUGCUUUUGUAGAAAUAAAUAUGCAUCUUUCAUUAUUUUUGGGAUGUCCUUGUUGACAGUUGUAUAAUAAAUAUCUUUAUAUCAUUUUCAGUUUUUGUCACAAGAUACUGAACAUGAUUAGGAUGUUUUUGAAAGUUUCAUCACUUUGAUUUGCCUGAAAAGUUAUUUUGAGUUGCCAGGUUUUUACAGCUUUGAUGGGGAAUAGUUCUUUUAAAACAUUUACUUAUUUCCCAUUUACAAUUUUUAAUCUAAGCAUUUUUCUGUUUUUCAUUUAAACCAUUCAGUUGGUAGAUAACUUAAACAGUACUAUUCGGUUGUCAUUUCCUGAUUACAGAACAAGAUUCUCUUGUCCUCACAGUUACUUGUGUGGUAACAAUGUAGUGUGUCAUCUGUUAAUAGUUAUCACCUCCUGGGUGGUAGGGGGUGGGUAAAAAUAUCUGCUAAAUUUGGUUUUUGAAUUUGUGGUCUUGUCUUUUCUGUUGGCUAUAACUGAAACAUGCCAAUUUGUGUUUUCAAGAAUUUUUGUUUAAGGAAGUAUUGUAUGGAAGUUUACACAAUGAAGGAAGUUCAUCUAGACUUGAAUAUGUAAACAAGAUAACACACAAGUGUACCAAGUGAUUAUUAACUUUGUUGUUUAUAAAUUUGUAUGGACCUGGAGUAUCUGUUGCCCAUUACUAUAUAUGUGCAAAUAAAUGUGGCUUAGACUUGUGACUGUUUAAGAUUA